AUGAAAAAUCUGGUUCGAUGGCUGUUCUCCACAAACCACAAGGAUAUAGGGACUCUCUAUUUCAUUUUCGGUGCCAUUGCUGGAGUGAUGGGCACAUGCUUCUCAGUACUGAUUCGUAUGGAAUUAGCACGACCCGGCGAUCAAAUUCUUGGUGGGAAUCAUCAACUUUAUAAUGUUUUAAUAACAGCUCAUGCUUUUUUAAUGAUCUUUUUUAUGGUUAUGCCGGCGAUGAUAGGUGGAUUUGGUAAUUGGUUUGUUCCGAUUCUGAUAGGUGCACCUGACAUGGCAUUUCCACGAUUAAAUAAUAUUUCAUUCUGGUUGUUGCCACCAAGUCUCUUGCUCCUAUUAAGCUCAGCCUUAGUAGAAGUAGGUAGCGGCACUGGGUGGACGGUCUAUCCGCCCUUAAGUGGUAUUACCAGUCAUUCUGGAGGAGCAGUUGAUUUAGCAAUUUUUAGUCUUCAUCUAUCUGGUGUUUCAUCCAUUUUAGGUUCUAUCAAUUUUAUAACAACUAUCUUCAACAUGCGUGGACCUGGAAUGACUAUGCAUAGAUUACCCCUAUUUGUGUGGUCCGUUCUAGUGACAGCAUUCCUACUUUUAUUAUCACUCCCGGUACUGGCAGGGGCAAUUACCAUGUUAUUAACCGAUCGAAACUUUAAUACAACCUUUUUUGAUCCCGCUGGAGGGGGAGACCCAAUUUUAUACCAGCAUCUCUUUUGGUUCUUCGGUCAUCCAGAGGUGUAUAUUCUCAUUCUGCCUGGAUUCGGUAUCAUAAGUCAUAUCGUUUCGACUUUUUCGGGAAAACCGGUCUUCGGGUAUCUAGGCAUGGUUUAUGCCAUGAUCAGUAUUGGUGUCUUAGGAUUUCUUGUUUGGGCUCAUCAUAUGUUUACUGUGGGCUUAGACGUAGAUACCCGUGCCUACUUCACCGCAGCUACCAUGAUCAUAGCUGUCCCCACUGGAAUCAAAAUCUUUAGUUGGAUCGCUACCAUGUGGGGGGGUUCGAUACAAUACAAAACACCCAUGUUAUUUGCUGUAGGAUUCAUCUUUUUGUUCACCAUAGGAGGACUCACUGGAAUAGUCCUGGCAAAUUCAGGGCUAGACAUUGCUCUACAUGAUACUUAUUAUGUGGUUGCACAUUUCCAUUAUGUACUUUCUAUGGGAGCCGUUUUUGCUUUAUUUGCAGGAUUUUACUAUUGGGUGGGUAAAAUCUUUGGUCGGACAUACCCUGAAACUUUAGGUCAAAUCCAUUUUUGGAUCACUUUUUUCGGGGUUAAUUUGACCUUCUUUCCUAUGCAUUUCUUAGGGCUUUCAGGUAUGCCACGUCGUAUUCCAGAUUAUCCGGAUGCUUACGCUGGAUGGAAUGCCCUUUCCAGUUUUGGCUCUUAUAUAUCCGUAGUUGGGAUUUGUUGUUUCUUCGUGGUCGUAACAAUCACUUUAAGCAGUGGAAAUAACAAAAGAUGUGCUCCGAGUCCUUGGGCUCUUGAACUGAAUUCAACUACACUGGAAUGGAUGGUACAAAGUCCUCCUGCUUUUCAUACUUUUGGAGAACUUCCAGCUAUCAAGGAGACGAAAAGCUAUGUGAAGUAA